CUAUCUCACUCACUAUCUCACCCUCUCUCUCUCUCUCCAACACUUCUCUCCCUCCUGCUCCCGCUAUGUCUCUUUUGUAGCCAAAGUAGCUUGCUGAACCAAUCCACCGCAGUGCCUGGGACAGAUUGGGUGAAAGAGAGAGUAAGGGAUUUGGAGGAUGGGUAAAUGGGCUUAAGCGAAAACACAUAAAAGAGAGAGACCAAAAUCCACCAAGCCUCCCUGGUGUGAGGUUUCUUGGCUACUGACGUGUGCGCACGACUCUCGUGGCAGGAUGAGUUCGUGCAGCAGCCGUGCGCUGACUAUCCUGUCUACAGUGUUCGGAGCCUGCGGGCUGCUUCUGGUGGGGGUGGCCGUGUCCACAGACUACUGGCUGAUCAUGGUGGAGGGCAUCAUCCUGCAGCAGAACCAGAGCAUGGAGGUGAAGAUGGCGCUGCAUUCAGGCCUCUGGAGAGUUUGCUUUGUGGCUGGAGCGGAAAACGGGAGAUGUGUCGCAUCGGAGUACUUCACUGAACCCGAUAUAGAGAUCACCACUGAAAACACUGCAAAUAUCCUCAAGAUGGUGCGGACAGCCACGCCCUUCCCGAUGGUGUCGCUGCUUUUCGUCUUCACUGCCUUCGUCAUCAGCAACAUCGGACACAUCCGGCCUCAGCGCACCAUCCUGGCCUUUGUGUCCGGCAUCUUCUUCAUCCUCUCAGGCCUCAGUCUGGUGGUGGGCCUGGUGCUCUACAUCUCCAGUAUUAAUGAUGAGGUGAUGAACCGGCCCAGGGAGCCCGAGCAGUUCUUCAACUACCACUAUGGCUGGUCCUUCGCCUUCGCUGCCUCUUCCUUCUUACUCAAAGAGGGGGCCGGGGUGAUGUCAGUCUAUCUGUUUAUGAAGCGCUACGCCGAGGAAGAGAUGUACCGCCCCCACCCUGCACUCUACCGCCCCCGCCUGUCUGAGAGUAGCGACUACAGCGGUCAAUUCCUCCACCCAGAAUCAUCCUGGCCUCCGCCGAAGCGAGGCCGCAGCACCUCCGAAGCCUCCAGCGACAUCUCCAUCCAGCUCAACCAGGCACCCCCGGUGCCCCCCAAAAGCAGCCUCCAAGGGCAGGGCAGCCCGCCUUCUGGGUCUUCUUCCGCAGGGAGCUACCAAAUGCCCCCGCAGUCUGCUGGCUACCCCACCACACACACCCUCACCAGGUCGCAUGCCUCACAUCCCCAAGGCCAAGUUCUUCCCAUGGCCAUGCCUCCGAUGCCAGUACCUCCUCCUCACUAUCACACUCACAUGCACAUGAGCGCCUCCCCCUGUUAGGAAGAGGGAGCACGAGGGAGGGAAGGAGAGACACUGACUCCUCAUAAUCACGUAUACUGUACAUUUAGAUGUGGAUGAGAGUAAAUACUGAGUUUGGAGCACAGAUCAUGUGAGAUUAAGUGGAGAGAGAGGUGGUCAGACAUAAUAAAAUGUAGCGUUUGAACCUAUAAUGAACCAAGGACAAAGGAGGUGUUGGAGAUUUAACAGGAUUGUGGAGAUAUGCCAGAAAGUGCAAUGGGUGGGGGGAAAUAAAAACAAGAGAACAUUGCAAAAGAAAAAGAGGAAUUCAGUUUGUCAUGAUGGAAAGAGGUAAAAAAGUGAUUCCUAGAAAGACUUUAGAGGUUAGGUUUAGUGACAGAGGAGAUAUAGGGGAGGGAGAGGGAGGCAGGGAGAGCGAGGGGCUGCGGUAUAAUGCGAAGAUACUGCAGUGCUGCAGGAAAUUUGUAUGCAUUUGGAAAUGUACAAUGCAAAACACUGGUCACGAAGACUGAGGAUGCACAUAGUUUUUAUACAUACAUAAUUCAUAAAAAUACACAGACUACGUACCUUUUUACCAAAAGGUAAAUAUGGUUAAAUAUAUUCUUGUCUGCUCUGAAUUUCUUACAUCAUCAAUCCAGUUUCAGAACUCACAAUGUCAAAGUAUUAUUAUUGUUAUUAUUAAUAAUUAAAAAGUAUUAGGUAACAAUAGAGUAGUUCUGAAAUAAGAACACUAUAUGUGAAUGCUGUUAAUCUUUGUAAAAAAAAGACAGAAGUGGACUAUGUUCUGAAAUAUCAUAAGGAGAAAUCUACUUUAUGUUUUACAUGUUUGAUUAAGAUACCAAUUUCUAAAUUUCUUGUACAUAAAAUUGCACAUGAGGACUUCUAUAUAGCUGUUGUAGAUUAUGAAUGAAGCUUUGGCACAAGUCACAUUAAGAAAAUGUCUGACUCAUUCUGCUUUGGAUGAAGACUCUGCAACAGGCGCACUACAACCAACGACACAGCGAUGGUUGGAAGGAUGACCCACCCGACACUGAUGUGGCGGUCUGAUGCCCUCUUCUGGUCACUGUUCAGCACUGACCCUGGAUCAGAUCGGGCCCAGGUCACUACUUUUUCAUGCACUCUUCCUUCGUCACUGAUCUGCACUGUGUGUCAGUUGAUGGUGCAGCACAGAUGAGUUGGACUGAAGCUGUCACGGUGAAUGGCAGGUGCAACAAGACAUGCCGUUUUGAACUGCACAUGGAGCAAGAUGGAUGCUUUAAAGACUGGUCGGAAGUACUUUUUAAAAGCUUCAAUGUUAUUUAUAUAUCUGGAAAACUCACAGAUGGAAGCAUUAAUAACAUUUGCACUUAAUGCUCAAAGGACAAUACCGCUGUUUAUGAAACGCAAGUCCUCAGGACAUGGACGAAAUAGGCCAUUCUUUAAUUCCAAUAUUUUCGGUUCUCAUUUGUGAUGGUGCAUUGUGCUAAAAGUUUCUAGAGUAUCUGAAAAUGUAUAUGUUUACAUAAAAACAUGAUAUUGAGCUCUCUUGUGUUUAGGACUGCAUCAAAUUUUUAUAAGCCUGAUCUGUUUAUUAAUCUAGAUUCAUUGUUUUGUCUGUGAAAUUUCAGAAAAUAGUGAAAAAGUGGCAAAUGUAAUUGCCCACAGCUCAACGUAAUUUACUUAGUCAGAUUGUUUUAUUCAACCAACAGUCCAAAACCAAACGUUUUCUACUAUAUAUGACAAAGAAACACAUCCUCCACCAUAUGUUUGGCAUUUUGCUCUGAUAGACUAAAACUAUUUUCAAAAUAGUGCUGAUUCAUUUUUUUAAUGGACUAAUUGAUGAAUCGAUCCUUCAACAUCACAUUGUAGUAGGCUGCGUAUGACAUUGUGGGAUGUUUUAUCCUACUUUUUCAUCCACUUGUCAUGUUGUGUGUUCAUUUUGUAGUAAUUAAUAUAUUUUCAGAUGCUUUUGAACCUUAAUGUUCAGAUCAAGUCGCUCUUAAAUACUGUACAGUAUCUCCACGAUGCAGAGUAGUAAUCUUGGGCGGACAAGCAGGACCUGCGUAUCAAAAACAGUAGAAUAGUUGAUUUAGUUUGUUUGUUUUUAAGGCACAUCAUGCACAGGGACACAUCGAUACGAUAUAUCUCUGUAAUGAGAAUAAAACCAUUGUGUCGUUGUGUCAUGGCUGGUUUUCAUUAUCACUGUGAUGCUGGAGAGAGGGAAACACACUGAUGUCCUACAGAGGAUUUGUGCGAGGAACAUUUCACACACUAUACGGUGGAGAACAUAAAGUGAGAUCAUGGAGAUAUCAUCAUAUUUCCACCCUCAUGCAGGGUUUCGUUGCGCAAGCAUGUGGAUCUUCAUCACGGCCCUGCACUUUGUUUAUGCACUGGCACGAUUGGUAUCGAGGUGAAGCCCACUGUAACUGCAUCCUUCUGUUGUUGGUUCUGCUUUUACAGUUUGGGGGUUAAGUGCCUUGCUCAAGGGCAUCUCAGCAGUAGCCGUUGAAGAAGAUUUCCGACCAAUAGGCAUCUAAACCUUCAUGGUUUAAAUCCAUGUUUGUAACCUUUUGACUACUGAUGGCCCCAUCAUGACCUUUGUGACUGUGGACAGCUGUUCUGUAUCUUCCUUUACAUUACUUAUUUCCAUGUUUAUUAGAACUAUUUGAUAAUCAUUCGCUGCCUCUUAAACUGCGGCAGUUCUUUCCCUUUUCAUCUCUGUACCUCUUUGUUUUCCCCUCUCUACUACCCCCAGCUUUUUUCUUUGCCUCUACAUGAUUACAUAAAAGGGUGUAGCUGUGCUUGCUUCUGCAUGAAGCGUGGACUUCUUGCACAUGACCAUCUUUGUAAAGACAAAAAAUGGAUAAAAACAAAUGCUGUUUAAUGCUUCAAUGGAACUGAUGCUGUAUAAUCUUGAGUUACAUAAUUCAAUAGCGGUUGUGAUUAAGAUCCCUGUUGAAAGUGUUGACAUCUGCCACUCGCCUUCCCCUAAACAUGAAUAAAACUUCAAACAUGGGUUCAUUACAACCUGUUCA